AGAGAGGGAGAGAGAGAUUGGAGUUAGGGAGCUAGGCCUCCUACAUCUUCAGCCGGCUUGAUCUCUAACACAUCACCUCCCUUCAUUUCUCUCUUUACUCCAUCUAUUUAUUUACCAAGUGCUUCUAGACAUUGGGCCUGGAUUUAUCCAUAGGGUCCCUUCCCUGGAGCACAUUUUUGGGGAAGGAGGGAGCGGUCGGAUGGUGAAGACAGGACUUUAUUCAUUCAACAAGUAUUUAUUAAAGUACUGAAGUGUGCCAGAUUGUCCUAGGCUUUGCAACAGAUGGGGUUCUUGCCUUAAUGGAGCUUAUAGUCUAGAGGAACAGCUUGGCUUGUGGAGAUGUUGAAGGAAAGUUUGAUGUUUUAUUCAAUAGAGUUCAAGCAAUUCAGAAGAAAAGUGGAAACUUUGAUCUGCUGUUAUGUGUCGGAAAUUUCUUUGGCUCCACUUCAGAUGCUGAAUGGGAGGAGUAUAAGACUGGCGUCAAGAAAGCUCCUAUUCAGACAUAUGUGCUUGGUGCCAAUAACCAGGAAACAGUUAAAUAUUUCCAAGAUGCUGAUGGAUGUGAGUUAGCUGAAAACAUUACUUAUCUGGGUCGUAAAGGUAUCUUCACUGGAAGCUCGGGGCUGCAGAUUGUAUACCUCAGUGGGACAGAGUGCUUACAUGAGCCAGUCCCAGGUUACAGUUUUCAUAUCAAGGAUGUGUCUUUCCUGAGAACAAUGCUGUGUUCAACCUCCCAGUUUAAGGGUGUUGAUAUUUUGCUCACAUCCCCGUGGCCCAAGUAUGUGGGGAACUUUGGGAAUUCUUCUGGAGAAGUGGAUACCAAAAAAUGUGGCUCUGCUUUGAUCUCCACUCUUGCCACAAGCUUGAAACCAAGAUAUCAUUUUGCUGCUUUGGAAAAGACCUAUUAUGAGAGGCUUCCAUAUCGAAACCACAUUGUCCUACAGGAAAAUGCACAGCAUGCCACUCGGUUCAUAGCUCUGGCAAAUGUUGGAAAUCCAGAAAAGAAAAAGUAUCUUUAUGCCUUCAGUAUUGUUCCCAUGAAACUAAUGGAUGCAGCAGAACUGGUAAAACAGCCUCCAGAUGUCACUGAAAACCCUUAUAGAAAAUCUGGGCAAGAAGCACCCAUAGGAAAGCAAACUCCUGCCUUUGAGGAAGAAUCAGCCUGUCAGUUUUUCUUUGAUUUAAAUGAAAAGCAAGGAAGGAAGCGUCCAUCCACCGGCAGAGAUAGCAAAUCUUCUCCACACCCAAAGCAGCCUCGCAAACCUCCUCAGCCUCCAGGACCCUGCUGGUUUUGCCUUGCCAGCCCUGAAGUAGAAAAGCAUUUGGUGGUCAACAUUGGCACACAUUGCUACCUUGCCCUGGCCAAAGGAGGCUUAUCUGAUGACCAUGUCCUCAUCCUGCCCAUUGGACACUACCAGUCAGUGGUGGAGCUUUCAGCAGAGGUGGUGGAAGAGGUGGAAAAGUAUAAGGCUACACUGAGAAGGUUCUUUAAGAGUCGAGGGAAACGGUGUAUCCUAUUUGAGAGAAAUUAUAAGAGCCAUCACCUCCAGCUACAGGUCAUUCCUGUGCCACUCAGCUGCUGCGCUACUGAUGACAUUAAAGAUGCCUUCAUUACCCAGGCACAGGAGCAACAGAUAGAGCUGUUAGAAAUACCAGAGCACUCUGACAUCAAACAGAUUGCACAGCCAGGAGCAGCGUAUUUUUAUGUUGAACUUGACACAGGAGAGAAACUUUUCCACAGAAUUAAAAAGAAUUUUCCUUUGCAGUUUGGAAGGGAGGUCCUGGCUAGUGAAGCCAUCCUUAAUAUUCCUGACAGGUCUGACUGGAGGCAAUGUCAGAUGAGCAAGGAAGAUGAGGAGACCCUGGCUCGUCGCUUUCGAAAAGACUUUGAGCCCUUUGACUUCACUCUGGAUGACUAAGCAAAGGGAAAGAUACUUUUUGAACUUCACAGGAAGUACUGGAAGUCUAUUUUUAAAGAAACUACAGUCUCCCAUGGGGACUGUUUCCCUGCCUCUUUUUUGGGGCAUUCCCAUGGAACCUGCCUGCAGCAAGAGGCCCAAGAUUGAAUUUUUUUUGGGGGGGAGAAAUGUCAUUCUAGGAUGAAAAUCCUAUGUUAAAAGCAUGUCUGUCAUCCAGCUCAAGCACAGCUUCUAUUUAUCAAUAUUAUCAAACAUCUUUAAACUAUCAAAUAAAAUCCAAAUGCUUUUCCUUGGUUGA